AUGCCGGGGCUGACACUGGCGCACACGACGUACUACACGCGGGUGUAUGAAGACCUAGCGGAUCCACAGUCGGGGAAUGUGGGUGGAAGGGAAUGUGUCAAGUUCCUCAAAUGGACCGGCCUGUCGCAGGCGGUGCUCAAGGCAUGCUUUGCCCGAGCAGACCCAUCGAAUGUCGGCCAGCUGACCAAGACCCAGUUCUUUGCCUUUCUGCAUCUGAUUGCGGCAGCACAGGCCGGCAUCGAUUAUGAGACCGCGCUUUCGCCAUCUACUGCUUCCACCGUUCCGCUGCCAAGCAUCUCGCAGUAUCCGCGCGAGCUGGCAACCGCGCCGGCCGCGAGCGGCGGCUUAGGCCUCGCCUUUGAUGCCCGGUUCGGCACGCCGCCGCCGGCCUCACCGGCGCUUGCCCCUCCGGAACAGGAUAAGUACGCCGCCUUACGUGCGCUUCAGCCCGAACCCACGCCGCCGCCGGAUAUAACCCCGGCGGUUGCGCCUGUGGCAGCCACACCUGCCCCUGCCGGAGCCCCAGCAGGCGCGGGUGGGGAUGGAGGGGCGGCCACUGGCGUCAUCGAUCUGACGCAGAUGGACUUUGGACAGUUUGCGUCGCAAAUGAUGCCGGGGAUUCCGCUUGCGCCGCUGAACACCAGCGGCAGCGACAGCAACUCGCUCCCGACGUCCCCACCCGGAGCUGGGUCGCUCGGGCAGCCGUCGCAGGAGACCGCAGCCAUCAUUGCUGUCGAGACCAUCACUGAAGCUGAAGUCAAGCAGUACGAGGCCUUGUUUGCGACGGUUGAUACCCGCAAAACGGGGUAUGUCCAGCGGAAGCAGGUUCUGCCCAAGCUCGAAGCGUUUGGCGUCGAGCCGCAGGUUGCUAAUCGGGUCUGGUCGCUCUCGGACAUUGACAAGGAUACCAUGCUGAGCAAGAUGGAAUUUUGCCUGGCGCUCCACCUUCUCAACGCGUACAAGGUUCACAAGCGACUGCCUGACACGUCGCGCAUGCCGCAGCAGCUGAUCGAGGACUAUCAGGCGAUUGUGGGGGCGCGUGACGGUGGCAGCCGUGGCCCCCCGCAAGGCCGUGCAUCGGUGCCACCCCCGCUGCAAGUGAAUCCCCCGGCUGCUGCUGUGGCUCUGCCGCUCGGCUCACCGCAGCGGCAGCCUGUGGUGGCAUCGCCGGGCAACCCACAGGCACAGGUGAUGCGACCCGGGUCAUUCUCGUCGUCGCCUCUGGCUUCGCCGCAGCUAGCCUCGCCCGGGUUUGAGCUCGAUGACACGUCGGGUCUGCUGGAGCAGGUUGCCAACGCCGAGCGCAAGGUCAACAAGCUCGAGGCCAACCUCGCCCAGCUGCGGUCGGGCAACGCCGAGACAAGCGCCUCGCGAGCGCUGAUCCUGGAGAAGCUGGAAUUUGUGACGAGCAAGAUCGAGGUACUCGAGGAGCAGGAGCACGAGUAUGCAGUCAUGGUCAACGAGAAGAAGAAGCAGCUGGCUUCCGAGCGGACCGAACUCGAGGCGCUGCAGUCCAAGCUCGAGGCGGCGCAGGCGGCCAAGGUUGCGCGUCGGAGCGAGGUCGCGCAGCUAGCCAAGGAGCUCAACAACGUGCAGAUGGAAGCGGCAGCGGUCCAGGCCGAGAUCUCGCAGUUCACCAACGACGAUCUGCCCGAGCUUGUCUCGCUGCAGCGCGAGGUGGCGCGAGCCUCGGUUGUUCUCGAUGUGAACAAGGCGGUUCGUGACGCCAUGGCCGCCGCCAUUGCCGAGGCUAAGGCCGAGCUGCAGGCGAUUGUUCAGAACCACCGCAACGCGGCCACGAUCUCGCCGUCGGCUACCGUUGCUGAUGACGCCAGCUCGGGAGCUACUCCUUCGGCCUUCUCGCCGCUCGCCAGCUCUGGGCUCGGCAGCUCUGGCACCCACACCCCGCUGGCCGAGCCUCAUGUCACGGCGCUGGCGUCCAAGGCUGCACCUGUGGCGGCGCCGGCACCGGCUGAGCCAGCGCCCCAGGCGGAAGCCGUCGGCAACGACGAUGGCGGCGACGACUUUGACGACUUUGAAAAGGAGUUUGAGACGUUUGGCGACGAGUUUGAGUUUGCGACCACCGGAGACGCCGCCAAAGACACCAGCGCGACGACGGCAGCUAGCCAGCCUACUGCUGAACCGUUUGCUGCGAUGUUUGGCGGAGAUACGCCUGAUAGCCCGCUGGCACCUCCUGCUGCGAGUCAGCCGCGGACCAAGUCACCGUUUGACGCGCUGUUCGACGCGGCAGGCUCCGCGCCCGGCUCGCAACCCGGCUCGGAUCGCGCAGCGUCGGCCUCGCCGUUUGACGCCUUUUUCGCAGGCUCGGGCAACAAUAGCGAGUUUGGCGGCCAGGCCGGCUCUAAGGCCGGCUCCAAGGCCGGCUCCACAAGCCUCGACGAUGUGUUUGGCAUGGGCGUCGGUAGUACGACGCCGCCUGUCGUCUUUGGCAUGGGUAACUCUGGCAGCAGCGCGGCCAAGUCGCCAAUCGGUGCGGUGUCCAGUGAGCAGGAAAAGACGCCGACGCUGACGCCGACGCUGACGCCGACGCUGACGCCGACGGAGCCAGCGGCCGCGGAAGUGGCCCAGCCGGCGGUUGACGCAUACGGCGAUUGCUCGUCGACGUCGUCAGAUAUGGCGCCGGUGUCGUCGUCAGACGAUGGCGGUGGGCUCGGUGAGCUGGCCUUUUACCAGCGGGCGCAGCAGCCGCGGGUUGCGGCGCUGAGCCAGGAGGGUGGUAACAGCGAGAAAGCCAAUCCGUUUGCGACGUCGUCGUCGGACGACGAGGCAAGCGAUGACGGCGACGACAAGCUCGUGGGCGGCCCGCCGCGGCCGAAGCCCAGCACGCCGACAGGGAGCGCGCGCAAGCCGGUGGCAAGCGUGAUUGAGACGCCAUCGCCAGGCUUUGAAGCAGCGUUUGCAGCAGCCGGAUUUGGUACUCCCGCAACAGCGCAGCAGCCGUCGGGCGAAAGCUCGCCAGGCUUCGAGGCUGCGUUUGCGGCGGCCGGGUUUGACGAGUCGAGCGAGUCAGGCAAGUUUGGCAGCGGCCGUGGAGGCGGCGGCAGCAAUGAUGGCGGCGGGGGCGGCGGGGGCGGCGGCUUUGAGGCAGCGUUUGCGGCGGCAGGCUUUGGCACACCACCGGCGAUCGCUUCGACGUCGGGCACGGCGGCAGGCUUUGAGGCGGCGUUUGGUGAUGCCGGAUUUGGCUCGUUUGGCGAGAGCGGUCAGGCGUCGGGCGGUGACGGUGGUGACGCCUCGGGCUUUGAGGCGGCGUUUGGUGACGCCGGCUUUGACUCGUUGGGCGAGAGCGGUCAGGCGUCGCAAGGCGGUGGCGAGGCGGAGGAGGAAGCAGACUUUCCGACGUCAUUUGAUGCGCGUUUUGAGCCGGCCCUCGCUGCUAGUUUGGCCGGCAGCGAGGGCCAUACGCCUGAAGGCCCCACAAAGACUACGAUGCUUGAAUCCGAGCCGCUCCCGCCGUACUCGGAGGGCGGAACCGAACCUCGGAUUCGGGUGGUGCAGAUUCUCCCGGCGGUGGGAGGAUUCGGCAGCGACCCCGGCCGCGAGGCCAAGUUUGAAAAGCUGCUCUCCAAGCCGUUUAAGCGUUACCGCAAGUCGUCGGCAAUGCUCCAGCUUGUGCUGUCGGGCAUGCCGCCCCGGAUGCGCGGCAAGCUCUGGCUUCACAUUGUGGAGGCCGAGGAAAUGCGAGCCAAGUCGCCACCGGGUCUUUACUCGCAGCUCUUGGCGCAGAAUUGCUUCUUCCGCGAUGCGAUUACCCGCGAUGUCAACGCUCUACUCGCCACACAUCCACUGGGGUCGAGCCUUGGAGCUGGCGGAGCGGCAUCGCUGGUUGACGUCCUCUGCGCACUUGCAGUCCACGAUGGUGAGCUUGCGUAUGCACGUCCGCUUGCGUCGCUUGCGCUUGUCUUGCUCUCGCAGAUCGGUGACGACGAGCUCGGCUUCUUCUGCUUGCUCCGGUUCCUCGACUGGCGGUUCCGUGACAUGCUUGUGGGCUCGCAAACAAAGCUCAAGCAAGUGCUGCAUGCCUUUAACGAGCUCGUCAACUCGCGGCUGCCAGCGACAGCAAAGGCGUUUGCUUCGACCGGCAUCACUGACGCCGACUAUCUUGUUGAAUGGGCCACGACGCUGUUUGCGGACGUGCUCGAGCCGCGGCUUCUGGUUCGUGUGUGGGACAUCUUUUUUGUCCGCGGCUUCCGCACUUUUUACCGUGCUGCGCUUGCGCUGCUUGGGCUCUUCCAGGACGACGUUGUGGCGUGCACCGGAGACAAGGCGCGAUUGAUCCGCACGCUGCGCUCACUCGGGGCCGGCCUCGAUCCCGACGUCUUUGUCUCGAUGCUCAUGUCGAUGGAGCUCGAGGCCGAGGAGCUUCGGCAGCUGGAGAAGCAGCACCUCACGUUGGUCUCGUUGGCCGACAACGCCACGCUGUGAGGGGCUGGCAAGCGCUGUCGCGAGCCGGAUCACGGCCUGCAUGCCGAGACGACGUGGUCGAUGAGGAGGGUACCGGUGGCAGCGUAGACGGAAGCGAGGCAAUCGAGGCCGUUAAAUGUUUGCGAAGCAACAAAGGCAAAC